AUGUCUUCCAGGGCAACUUUCUCGGCACUCGCUUUAUCACACCUCGCAGAAAUUCCAUGCUUACAUCGCGAAGGCUCCUCAGCGGUGACUCGACCUGAUUUCGAGGGCCAUUUCGCGCAUGCUGCUUUCGAGCCCGCCAAGGCGUUCGUUCCACGAAGCAGCCUGCACGACCAGAUACACGCGCAACUCACCCGCGCUGCUACAGACAACAGCACUAAGACGCUUGUGGUGUGGGGACUAGAUGGGGCAGGCAAGACGCAACUGGUGCUAGGCUACAUGUAUAAGCAUCACGUGGAGUACGAUGCGACGUUCUGGAUUGAGGCCGGGCGCAAGGAGUCGCUAGAGGGCGACUUUGGAAAGUUCGGAGACGACAAUCCCGUGACUGGAGUGAAGAGCUGGUUCGCGGGUCAGCAAGGGCGGUGGCUGAUGGUGUUUGACGGCGCCAAUACAAUUGAGGACGCAGAGGCAGACGGCUACAUCGACAUCAAGCACUUUAUCCCCAGCGCAGCAUAUCUCGACGUCGUCAUCACAGCUCGCAGAAGCAGGGCGAAAUGUAUGACGCAUUCAGAGGGGGUGGAGGUGGGCGAGAUGGAAGCAAGGCAGUCAGUUGAGCUAUUUCAGAAAUAUGCUUGCACACCGCAUGUUGAUGCAACUGAUAGAAAUGAGGUUAUGCGUAUCGUUAAAAAGCUUGGGUGCCUGGCACUGGCUGUCACGCUUGCUACCACAUACGUGGGGUCAACGCCGCGGCUGCAGAGCAACAUCAAGGAGUACCUACACGAGUACCGGCUGCGACAACAGGAGCUGCUUAAACGUAAGUCAGAGAGCCUGGUGCACCAGUGCAAAGACAGCGUGCUGAAGACGUGUGAGACGUCGUACGCUGCCGUUUACAACCAGUGUCCCGAGGCGUCGGUUCUGAUGACAAUACUAUCAUUCCUGAGUUUCGACGACAUGUAUGUUGAGCUAUUCUGUCCCGAGACUGAGCAGGGUGGUGUGAAACAAACAGAUGAGACUGGCGUAAGCUGGAAGCGCCUGGUCUCGCCGAAGCAGCCAGUAACCAAGUAAAAGA